AUGCAGCGCAACCCGUUCGGGGCUGCGGCGGAUUCAUUGUGCUUCCGCCCAGAAUGGGUCGUUUGCGAAGAACGCCAAAGGCGUUUCGGGACGCUCUGGAAUAUUUCUUCGACAUGCACUUCUUUUUGCAUUGCUCUGUUGAGGCCGUAUGUAGCAUGCGCGACUGUGUGCAAAUUGCGCAGGCAACAGAAUACGCAGCCUGGCCAGGACGGCUCCGACCGGGGCUGUUCCCUGGGGGCGAUGAAGUCAGUGUCAAGAAUUUAUGAGCCGCGCCAGACGGCAGCGCUAUUUGGUUUUCUAUAUGUUGUGACCUUUCUCUGA